UUUGGAACCAGGAAGUGUUUACACAACCAGCUCCUCGUGAGACGCAGCUGCAGCUUUUCUGAAGAAUGCAGCCAUGACACUACUGUGUGUUUACUGAAUGAUCCACCUGCAGAUCAGCUCCUCAGAGGAACAAAUAUGGACGACGUUACCACGGUGAUGUCGUGGUUCUCCAGUCCCGUGUACAGCCGCUACUGGCAGCACUACUCACAGGCCAUGGGCUGGUACCAGAGGCACCGCAGAGCCUACCACAAAGCCCUGCACGCUGCCUACGGCCCAGCCUGCUACCCCCAAUCCCACCCCAGCCACGCCAGGUACACAGACUGGGAGGCAGGAGAGGAGGAGGAGGAGUAUGAUGAUGAGGAGGAAGAGGAAGAAGAGGAGGAGAGCAGCUCGGACAAUGACAUCGAGUGUGACGUCAGUAACAUGGAGAUCAGUGAGGAGCUGCGGCAGUACUUUGCUCAGACAGAGAAGCACCGUGAGGAGCUCAAGAAGCAGCAGCAGGAGGAGGAGGACUAUGUGCCCGCUGACCAGGACCUGCAUGACUCCUCCUACAGGAGCAGUGUGGCCCCUCCCAUCGAGCGUCCUGGUGAGCGGCGCGCUGCAGAGAUGAAGAAACUGUACGGGAAAGACGCUGCUAAAAUCAUGGCCAUGGAGGCCGCCAUGCAGCUCACGUUUGACAGGAACUGUGACCUGAAGCAGCCAAAGUACUGGCCUGUGAUCCCUCUGAAGCUCUGACCACUGUUCAGCCUGAAGGAGGCGCUGCAACCACUCAAACAGAACUCAUGUUUGAAUUAUCCAAGGUUACAAGAUAUUGGACUCCAAACAGGUCUCUGCCCCAGAUCUGCUCCAGAUGAACUUGAAGCAUUUGUUACUGGUUACCUGUUGCUAAAUGGAGUGACUAAAUGUUACCAGUAAAUAUCAUGAAUUUAAAUAUGUCUGUUAUCUCUUUACUGUCAUUUCUGGUUAGAAAACAUCUCUCUUUGGUGCAGAGAUAAAACACGCCUCAUGCAGCCGACACACUUUCACUUUUGACUUUAAGUCUUUAUAUCUGACUUUUGUUUUGGAUCCAAAUGUUGUUUUUACAAGAUUUCCACUGCUUUUUUGUCCAUUUAAAUACCUGUUCAUGCACCAUUUUAAAGUUUCAUUUGUUAAUAAAAGAUGUAGAGUUCUAGUUA